UAAUUAACCCUCUCAUAAUCAUUAAUUACCCCUUUUUUUCUUCUCCUUCUGCCUUUCUGCCCUAAUUUCACUUUAGGGUUUUCCUGUUUCCAUUCAUGGCUAAAAACGAAGAUCACCAUCGCAUUCACAGUAACACUUCACUCAAUUCAGAUUUCAACCACUUCGACACUCAACCAUUCGACGAUUCAAGUGGAGAUGAUGACGAUGAUGAUGAAUGUCGAUACUUUGAAGAUACGGUGCCUUUAGAUGACGACGACGAGGAGUUGGAAACUCAAGUGGUGAACGUUGAUGAUGAAACUCAAGUGUUGGAAAUCGCCGGGGAAACUCAGUUGUUGGAUGAUUUCGAUACGGAGUUAUUGGAGGAAGAGAUUGAAUCUGAUGGAACUCAUGUUUUGGAGAAUGUGGAUGAUGAGGUAUCUGAUGAUGAUCCUCAGUGCAGAGACAGUGGUCAAUCUGCGGAUCCAUCGAAUAGAGAGCGAGGUCGUGAUGAGAAGGAGACUGGUUCUGGUUCAAUGCCACCGCGGUUUACAUUUAUCCGUGCAGAAUCUUUGCGGGAAGCUGGUCUAGCUAAGCGCAAUAUGAACUUGAAGCAUACCCAAGACCAGUCCAAUUCUGUCAUGGGUAUGAAUCAGUUUUGUCAGGAACCACUAGCUGUAGAGAGUAAAGGAAAAUCCUUUCUUGGAUGUUCUGAGAAGGUUAGGGAAGUUGAUCAGGAAUUCAAUCAUGACUUUUCUAGAAAUGCCGUGAGAAAACUUUUCAAUGAUGAUUUACCCGGUGAAACAAAUGGACCUUCUCUCAGCAACAAUGAUUUCAAUGAAGGGGAGAGCUUGGGCAAGUUUCCUGACUACCAUGGAGAAUUGGAAAGGUUAAGCUAUAUUAACUCUCAAGAACCUGGAGAAUUAUCACAGAUCAAUGCUCUUGAUUGUGUAGAUAGAUUUCUUAAAAGUAAUUUCAUGGAGCUUAAUCAAGAAAAUAAUUGUGUUAAGAAAUUGGAGAAAAAGUCAGAAUCCCUUCCCCGCAUAAAAGGGCAACAAAGUUUGUCCAAGAUAAUUAAUGAUAGAAGCAAAGCUAAAAAAACUGAGAUUUUUGACUGGGAUGAUAACUGCGAGGAUGAAGGCGGGGGAGAAUUAUACCGAAGAAGAAAGGAUGAUUUCGUUGAGGGUGGAACUCGUAGGCCGAGAUCUUUGCCAGGAUGCCGGAAGAACAAAUCAUGUCGAUCAAAUGGUGAUAAAGAAGAGGAGGAACAAUCAAGUAUCCCUAUUAAAAGAAAGAAUGCAGCCCACUCUGAAUCAAGACUGGGGAUGCAUAAUCUGAAAAUAAGGGAUGAUAAUAUACAAGAACCUACAAGAAAAUUGGAAAGGAAUCUUGCUAAUGAAAUGGACGAACAAUUUAAUGGAAAUUUCUCCAGAGGAGAGUUGGAUCCUAAUGGUAAUGCAGAUAGACGGGAAAUGUUGGAUGUAGGUUUAGAUACUCAAAUGGCUGCUGAAGCUAUGGAAGCCUUAUUCAACGCUGGGGACAUUGUUGAUCAUGUUGCUAAUGAUUCCAUUCGUAUUACUAGAAGUAGGUCAACUUAUCAACUUAAUGACUCUUCCACUGGAAAAAUGGGGCUGGUUACACCAAAGGAACAUACGGGAAAGUAUGACAGGAAAAGGAAAGCUGAUGUGAAAUCAGAUCUUCAAACUUCAGGUUUAUCAAAGAAAUAUACUAAAAAGGUUGGACAGUGCAGAAAGGGCAAUGUGACGAGCAGAUCACAGAAGAGAAAGCUAAUUGUAGAAGGCAACCAAACCACUGGUGCUAAUAAAAGUGGUAGAAUAGUUUCGUCUCCAAUAGGUGAGCAAAGAAAGUCUGCUGAAGCUCUAAAAAACCAUCAGCUUAAUGAGUUAAAUAAUCUUGACAGUAAUGAUGGAGGGGGUACUGUCAAUGAAAAGCAAUUUCAGGGUGAAGUUUUUCAUCUUACACCAAUUGCUCGUAGAACUAGACAGUCGUUAGCAGGGAACAAAAUGAUAAACUGUGAUAAAUCAUUGAAAAGUUUGAGUGAAAAGGCAAUGAGGAUUGACCCCCAUGAGAAAUGUAGGGGAGUUGGUCUUCAAGCGUCUGAAGUGUUGGCUCCUAAAUCUACCUUGGGGUCUUCUGAUCACUCUCCAGUAGAUGAUAAUACUGAACUGUGUCAACAUGAGAAAUUGGCUUCAAAGGAAAAUGCCGUUGGUGUCAGUAAUGAUUUUGCUGUGGAUAUGUUUGAUUAUCCUAGAAGAAGGAGAUCUCUUAGGAUUAUGAAGUUGCCUCAUCAUGAUAAAGACUCUGAGAAGUCAGUUGGUUCAUCUAAGUCAGUUGAGCAUAAUGAAAAUAUUGGGAAAUCUACUUCUGUGAAGAAAAAAACAAGGACAUCUGCUGUUGUCAAAUCACAUGUGAAUUGCCACACGGAGAAAGCAAAUUUAGAGAAUGCAAAUUCAGGAGGAAUUCCUAUUUGCUGUGAUAACUUGGAUGAAAACGAUGCAAAUCUUAAUUCAAAUGUUAAGAAUAAUGCAGAUGCCCGGUUGUCCUCCAACCAUUUGGAGUUUACCAUUUCAGAUGAAUCACCAAGAGAUAGGUACAAGUCACCUGACUUGGCUACCACAACUCCAUCUAAUUGUAAGACACCAGUGAACAAUGCGUCACCUGUUUGUAUGAGUGAUGAUUAUUACAAACAAUCACGCAAUAGAAAUGUUUCAAGAUCAUGCCUUCUCAAAGUGUUUCGUAAAGAUCUUCAGAGAGAACUUCGUAGCUUAAGUGCCAUAAGACCUGAAUUAAUUACUCCCUCUAAGGAUUCGAGGAAGAGGAAGGAUAUGACUGAUGUUCGAAUUCUUUACAGCCACCACUUGGAUGAAGAUAUCAUUAAGCAUCAGAAAAAGAUACUAGCACGACUUGGAGUUUCUGUAGCAUCCUCCAUUGUAGAUGCAACUCAUUUCAUAACUGAUCAAUUUGUGCGUACACGGAAUAUGUUAGAAGCUAUUGCUUCGGGCAAACCGGUGGUCACACACUUAUGGAUUGAGAGCUGCGGACAAGCUAACUGUUUUAUUGAUGAGAGAAAUUACAUAUUGAGGGAUGCUAAAAAGGAAAAGGAGUUUGGUUUCAGCAUGCCAGUCUCAUUAGCACGUGCAUCCCGGCAUCCACUGUUAGAGGGUCGAAGAGUAUUGAUCACCCCAAAUAUUAAACCUUCUAAAGAGAUUAUUUCAAGUUUAGUAAUGGCAGUUCAUGGCCAGGCCGUGGAGAGAGUUGGCCGAUCUGCUUUGAAGGACCCUAAAAUUCCAGAUGAUCUUCUGAUCCUAUCUUGUGAAGAAGAUUAUGCCUCUUGUGUGCCUUUUCUUGAAAAGGGGGCAAUGGUGUACAGUUCAGAAUUAUUGUUGAAUGGCAUAGUUACUCAGAAGCUGGAGUAUGAAAGGCAUCGUCUUUUUGCAGACCACGUGAGGAAAACCCGUUCCACCAUAUGGUUGAAAAGAGAUGAUAGAAAAUUUACUCCUGUGGUGAAAUCUAGCUAGAGUUGUUUGUUUAUUCACUAAAGUUUCCUAAUGAUUAUUUAUAGUUUAAGAUCAUGUGUAGGUAAUUCCCGGUCCAUGUCCAAAUAAUUUUUUUUCCAUGUAUAUUUGUCAUGUAGAAUAAUGUGAAAUAUGUUUUUGUCCUCUUUUCUGUAAGUUAUUUUGCAUCAUUAUGCCAUGGUUUUGUAAUAAUUGAAUUGUGGUGGUAAAAUAUAAGAGCAAGAAAUAGAAUCCCAGUGUUAGCCAUGGAUCUGGACUGUGCUUGUAUGAUGAAUUUGAGAAAUCCUAUAUCAUGUCUGUUCAUAUCUCA